UAUCGUACGAAGUACUAAACGAGGUACCCACUAACAGUACCAUAAUACAUCUACCUGCCUCAAGCGCCGUAAUACUUUUAUCGUUUUUCUCUUCCAAUCGUUUCAUUCUCGUAUACGAGGUGUUUGGAUUGCCUUGCAGGAUUCGAUCUCAGGUUUGCCAUCAAAGUUCUUUUACGUUUAUAAUUUCGUUUUCAGAUUCCAAUUUCCGUCAAUGGGUUCGGAACCCACGAGUGCGAGGAUUAGACGUGAUUGCUGCUCGCUCGCUCGGUUUAUUCGUUUUAGAUUUCGACUUUUCGCGAUUCUUUUCUGGGAUGUUCAUAUGCUAAGCCAAUCGCGGAUGACUGUAAAUUAAAAGACAAUCCCUAGGGAUUAUUAUUUUGGAUUUCUUAGUGUUCUCUUUUGGUUAUAUGCACCCGAACACGAGCUAUUUGGAUGGUUCGCUGAGUUUAUGAAUUAUGGAAACGGAUGUGAAAUUGGCUCCUUGAUGCCCGUGGUGAUGUUUGAUUGAAAGAGUGUUAACUUGGCUCCUUUAUCUUUCGUUGUUGGAAUCUGAUCUAUCCAAAUCCCAUUUGAUUGAAUUUGCAUGAUCGUAAUUGCCUGGUUGGAUUCGGGAGUCCUGCUCAUUUGGCAUGUAAAAGCUGAUCUCGGGCGACCUGAACUUCCCUGCACUUACUUGGAUUUUGCGUUUGUAGUGGUCUUUGCCUUUGUGUCUGCCGGUCAUCCAAAUGCUGGCAAUGAUAUGAUGCUAUUGGUUUUAGAUUUACCCGACAAAUGGAUAGGAAGUUUGGGCUUAGUUGAUGUGUAACCCGUUGUUAAGCUGCAAACAUUUUGUGAAUUUCGUUUUUUUCUGAGAUUUUCUUGCUUUGCGUAUAUUCUAGCAUGAGUGUCAAGGCAGCAAAUGGUGUUGUGAAGAGACCAGUGUUUAAGAGAAUCAGCAGAGUACAGAAUUCUGACAGCAGGGUGUGUGUGUUUUGGCUUCAAGGGAAGUGCAAUCGAAGCCCUUGCAGGUUUCUACAUAAAGAAUCAUCCUCACUGCACCCUCAGCAGCCCGUUUCAACAACAUUUCAGAACAUACAACAUUAUACCCGACGCAUAAGCACCUGGAUGAAUCCUAAUCACAAAUAUGCCAUGAUAGGAACUUCUUUGAUGAAUGAGAAAAGUUCUGAACUUGAAAUUUGCUCAGAGACCCAGAAGAAAGUAUCAAUUACUAGAGGAACUGGAUUUCAUGCUGUAGAUCAAGCAAAACCUAAAACGAAGCCAUGCAAAUCCGGGGUUAAUGACAAUUGUGUCCUUGCGAACAAUUGCAAGGACUCCCAUGCAUGGUCAUCUGGCAAUGGCUUUUCUAUGUUGGCAAAGUUAGACGGGCACAGCAUGGCCAUUACUGGUAUCGCUCUUCCAUCUGAUUCCAGCAUGCUAUAUUCUGGUAGCAAAGACAAAUCAGUUCGCAUAUGGGACUGUCACAGUGGCCAGUGCGCUGGUGUUGCUCAGUUUGACCAAGAAAUAGGGUGCUUGGUAAGUGAAGGCCCAUGUGUUUUCAUUGGAUUACCAAAUGUCAUCAAGGCAUGGAACACUCAGACGAAAUUGAUGUGCGACUUGAGUGCAACUAAUGGGCAAAUUUAUGCAAUAACUGUGUAUGAAAAUAAGCUUUUUGCAGGAACUGAGGAUGGAACCAUUUUGGUAUGGAAGUUCAUCUCAGCGGAUGCAUUGCCUGAACUUGUUGCAUCACUGAAAGGUCAUAGUCUGGCUGUUUUCUCGCUUAUUGUUGGUGCAAAUAGGCUAUACUCAGCUUCCGGGGACAAUACAAUAAAAGUGUGGGAUCUCGAAACCUUACAAUGCUUGCAGACGCUACAUGGCCAUGUAGAUACUGUGAUGUCUGUCCUCUGUUGGGAUAGCUAUUUGAUAUCUGGCUCCUUGGAUAAGACAAUAAAAGUGUGGGCUGCAACUGAAAGUGGGAGCAUGGAAGUAAUCUAUGAACACAAGGAAGAAAAUAGUGUUCUUUCCUUUUGUGGAAUGCUUGAUGCUGAAGGGAAACCUAUUUUGAUCUGUUCAUGCAAUGACAAUACUGUCCUCCUAUAUGACCUCCCAUCGUUUUGUGAUAGGGGCAGAAUAUCUACAAAUGGGGAAGCUCAUAUGGUUCGAACAGCAAAUGGUGGACUCUUAUUCACGGGGGACAGAGCUGGACAGCUCUGUGUAUGGAAACUACUCGGACAGAAAGAGGAUACAAGACAAGUGACAGUGCCUCCUGAAUUAUCCCCUGGAUGUACUCCCUCUGUCUCUAAAUGCUCUUCCUCUCAUAUUUUAACCAUCUCCAAAAGAUCUUCUUCAUUUGUGAAGAUGAUCCCCCAAUAGAGGCUCGGUGCUUUGUCAUUGUCAUAUCAGCAAAUGAAUACAGGAAAUGUAUUUUGAACUCGAUUACAAACCAACAAUAUCUAGGGCUUCAAUUUAUGUGCAGUAACGUCUGCUCGUGUACAUUUAAAAAAAACAUUUAGCAGAUGGUUCUUUUUUCCUGUAACCUCUUUUCCUCUUUUUUCCCUUCUAAAGUUUGUAGAGAUCAUUUUGUGUUGGUUAAUGGAGUAAAUUUUAUUAGCGGAAAUGUGCAAAUAUAUCUUUGAAGUAUGUGGA